AAACCCUUUCAAUUAAAGCAGGCACUUUUUUCUUCAUGUUUGAAUCUUUGUCCGCUAGCAUUAGCGUCGGAAAUUAAAGUAGGCUUACAGUGGGCCAAAAUAAACAGAAAUUCCCCAAACAUUUACAAUAUUGGUCAAUAUACCGCUGCACAGUGCAAAACAACACUUUACCGGUUGUCGUGAUGCGUCAGAUGAGCCUUAACACCAAUCAUACACGUUUCUGUUGAGUUUAUCAAUGUAAUAGCCAAUCAGGAGCUUUGUAUUCGUCACUGCCGAAAGGAGCGGGGUUUGUCGAACGAGCGCGCUCAUUGAAUGAAUUGUGGAUUGACUGAUUAUUUACCAUUAGCAAAGGUGUGCUGAAACGAUAUUCUCUGAAAGCAAUUAUAGGCUUGCAAUGAAAUUCUCAUACUUCUGACCAGCGCACAAUUAUCAUGAGGGUGUUUCCAGCUUUACAAUAUCUGCUGGCGUUCAUAUCAGUCUUUUCACUGAGCUGGGUGACAAAAGCACAAACAGUGCCUUUGAUUUUCUAUCCAUUCAGCUCAGAAGCAGGAGACACUGUUUAUACCGCUGAAGACAAUGAAAACUCCACAGUUAUCAACCUACAAAGUCCUUUUGUGUUCUUUGGCCGCACAUACAACAAGAUAUAUGUUAACAUUAAUGGAUACCUUACAUUCAACCAGCCUUCAUCAGAUUACACGGUUCACUACUUUCCCACCAACGGAAGCGAAGACAUCAUUGCUCCGCUCUGGACCAAUGCUGAUGUCAGCGGAAAUGACAUCAUCUCAUACCAGCAGUACUCAAGUGGAGAUGUGCUCACACGCGCUACUCAGGAUAUAAACCAUUAUUUCCCAAAUCCGAGCUUUGUGGCUACUUGGGUGCUUGUUGUAACAUGGGAUCAAGUUGAAUAUACUUACCAAUCUAACGCAGCAACACUGUUUCAAGUGGUAUUGGUUUCAGGGAGUGAUGUGUCAUUUAUUCUCAUGAAUUAUGGUGACUGUGCUCUGACGCAAAAUAUGGUGCAGGCUGGUUAUGACACGAUAAACUCAACAGCCUACUAUGUUAUUCCUGGGUCAAACAAUGGGACCCUUAUUCCAAACCUCAUGAACUCCAGUAAUGUCAAUGUUCCUGGUCGAUGGGCCUUCAGGGUGAAUGGUGGACCCAAUUUACAAGAAAAUGUCAUGGGAAUUCAAAUGAGAGUUACUUCAUUUUCAGACCUAACACAGACUGAAAACAUCAAGAUCUUUUUAGAGGAGCUACAACAAGAGCUGGUCAAAUAUGGUCUGCCAGACAGCGUGAAGCUCAACUUAAGAGCAAUCAAAAGGGCCCAGCCAUAAUAUCAGCCUCAUGAGAAGACAUUUGUGCAAUAUAAGACCAUAUAUAUCUCUUAGAGCAGCGCAAAUGUUUGAGCAUGCUAUGAUAUUAUCACGUAUGUUUUAUUGUGCAAUAAUCUGGGGUCAAGCUACUCAGUCAGUUGUUAAGCCUGUAAUGUCACUUUACAAUCAAACUUUAAAGGUAUUGGAUCCGAAACCAAUAAAAUGGCACCAUUGUCAAAUUCUUAAAAAUACAACUUGUUAAGUUUUGAUGUUUUUUUAAAGUUCUCAUUAUUUAAAGAAACAUGUUUAAGUGUAUACAUGGCCUUGCACCUAAAGUAGUCUGUGAGUUGGUACAUAAAUUCAGCAGUGAUGGGGCACAGACUAGAGGGGCAGUAAGUGGGAACUGUAGAAUUCGCAGAUGCAGAACCGCUGUGGGUCAGUCAUCCUUUUCAGUAAAAGGUUCACAUCUAUGAAAUCCCAUGCCUGUUGAUUUAAAGUUGCAAUCAGAAUUCACAGUUUUUUUUCUGUAAAGCUGAAAGAAUGGUUAAAAUCUUUACAGCUAUGUGAGCAUUAAGUAUUAUUCUUUCAGGUUGGUCAGGUUUCCAUUUCUCUUUAUGCAGAUUGACUUACAUUUUAUGUUUGUGGCUCUGUAUAUAUUUUACAUGUGUGUUGUACUGUGUGUUUUAUUUUCUCUUGUUUGUUUAUUUUUAAUUUUUUAAUGUAAAGCCUAACCAGGGACGAGGGUUGCAAAUUAGCUUUAUGCUAUAUGCCAUAUGUACGCAACAUCGGUUAUCAUUGUAUAACAAUGUCAAGUGUAUUGUCCCUGUUAAAUAAAUAAACAAGGA